CACGGACGAUGUCGCCGGUUGCCUCACAGUCAUCAUAGAUUAAAAGAAGAAUGAGUGAACGAAUCAACGAAUACUUGCCUAAACAAAAGGAAAGUCAUGCGGUAGAAUAAUUAUAGUAUAAAAAUGCCUUUAGUUUAGAUAUUUGAGGCAACCGAAUUCACUGCUCUGUUUCAGAACCAUAAAUAUCGCUCUGAAUACUCUCUCUCUCUCUCUCUCUCUCUCUCUCUCUGUCCAAUCAUCUUCACCUGCAAAAAUUAUUGCACCAAUUAAGCGACUCUCUCCAGGUUAUAAACUUGGAGCUACUUUUAGCAAUAUCAGAUCAAAUUCCAGUCCUGCAAGUACUUCUCCAAUGGCUGCGGAGCAACUUGGCGUAUCUGCUGAAAAUGGAGUCCAAAAUGGCAAAAUACUAGCUGCUAUUGAUGAUGAAUUUGAUGGCGUUAUUGUCGAAAUGAAUAAGGCAAUGGAUCCCAUGGUCUUUCAUUCAAUGCUCAAAGCUUCACUUUCUCAAUGGAGACAGCAGAAGAAGAAGGGGGUCUGGAUCAAAUUGCCAAUUCAGCUAGCCAAUCUUGUUGAAUUUGCGGUCAAGGAAGGGUUUUGGUUCCACCAUGCUGAGCCAACAUACAUAAUGCUUGUGUACUGGAUUCCAAAAAGUCAGAACACUAUUCCUGCAAAUGCCACACACCGUGUGCGUGUUGGCGCAUUUGUCAUGAAUGAAAAACGAGAGGUACUAGUUGUGCAAGAAAAGGCUGGAUCUUUACGGGGUUUAGGAGUGUGGAAGUUCCCUACCGGAGUUGUUGAUGAGGGAGAAGAUAUCUCUGAUGCUGCUACGAGAGAAGUCAUGGAAGAAACAGGAAUUGAUUCAGAGUUUGUGGAAAUACUAGCUUUCAGGCAAACCCCCAAGUUAUUCUUUGAGAAGUCUGAUCUAUUCUUUGUCUGCAUUUUGCGACCCCUCUCCUUUGACAUUCAGGCCCAGGAGUUAGAGAUAGAAGCCGCCGCGUGGAUGCCAUUGGAGGAAUAUGCAGCUCAACCGUUUGUCCAAAAGCACGAGAAAUGGAUGAAGCGAAUCAUAGACAUAUACAAGGCAAAAGUUGAUGGGGUUUAUGCAGGAUUUUCUCGGCUACUUACGGAAGCCAAGAACUCCUUGUACGUCAAUGAGAAGGGGUUGAUAUCAUGCAAUAAUAAUAUUAUAUAACUAGUCAAGGUCUAGUCA